AUGCCGGAGUUUACUUUGGAAGAUGUUGCUGCUCAUAAAGGCAGAAGUGACCUGUGGAUUGUCGUUCACGGAAAAGUUUACGAUGUCUCAAAAUAUGUGCAAGACCAUCCCGGAGGACCGGAUGUCCUGAUUGAUGUCGCCGGGCAAGACGCAACUGCUGCAUACGAAGACGUUGGGCAUUCUGAGGACGCCAAUGAGAUCUUGGAGACAUACUUCAUCGGCACACUGAAGGAUGCUGUCGAAUACAAACGCCCUACGGCCGUGCGUCUUAUCCAGCAGACUCCCGCAAAGGAGGCUGUGAAAGACAAGACAAGCUCUGUUCGCACCCUGGCUGUCACUGCGGGCUCUCUUGGUGGGAUUCUGUCGCUGUACCUGGCGUCUGCUUCUGUCCGGAGUCACAUCAACCUACAGGACCUAGUGAAGACGCUGCCCUCGGUGUCACAUCUCUUCCCCAGCAAGCUCGCUGAUUUCCAUCUGCCCCAAGGGGGUUUCGUCAACGGGUUCAUCGCAGCGGCUUUUAUCUCUGCCAUAGCUGGCGGUGUGAUCGGAUCUCGCCUCUCGAAGCUCACUUACAUUGAGUCUGGAUUCACAAAAUACCCAGCUCGCAUUAAAAGGACUGCAAUCGCAAAGCCAAACCCUCAUCUCAUUCCAGGGUUCCUCCACCCGAAAGAAUACAAAUCUCUUCCUCUGGUUCAGAAGGAUCUCUUGGCUCCUAAUGUCUAUCGCUUUGUAUUCCAACUUCCCCAUCAGACCGACGUGAUUGGUCUUCCUAUCGGUCAGCACGUUGCCAUUAAAGCAACCAUUGAGGGGCAGUUGGUUUCCAGGUCUUACACACCCACGUCCAACAACCUCGACCUGGGCAGAUUAGAGUUGGUUAUCAAGUGCUACCCAGAUGGCUUGCUUACGGGCAAAUACCUUGCAAACCUUAAGUUAGGCGACAAGGUUCAGUUCCGUGGCCCAAAGGGUGCCAUGCGCUACAGGAAUGGCCUCUGCAAGAAGAUUGGAAUGAUUGCUGGUGGCACUGGCAUCACCCCUAUGUACCAGCUUAUUCGCGCCAUCUGCGAGGAUGAUACCGACACUACCGAGAUCAGCCUUAUCUAUGCCAACCGUUCUGAGGAAGACAUUCUUCUGCGAAGAGAGCUCGAGAGCUUUGCUGCUGCUUAUCCGAAGAACCUGAGGAUCUGGUACAUGUUGGAUCACCCGCCACAGAAAUGGGCCUACGGAAAAGGUUAUGUCACACCCGCCGUCAUGCGUGAGAAGCUACCGGGUCCUUCCUCGGACACGAAGAUCAUGCUCUGUGGCCCUCCUGGGAUGAUCAACGCGUCGAAAAAAGCUCUGGUGUCCUUGGGUUUCCAGGCCGCAGGCUCCGUGCCUAAAAUGACCGACCAAAUCUUCUGCUUCUAA